AUGGCAACCAAACUUUCUCUUCUCUCGCUUUCUGCCAUCUUGGCCUCGGUCCCUCUUGGCUCUUGUCAGUUUGGAGAACAGACUAUCGGCGGCGAUGGCACUCUCGGGCUGUUUGACAUUCCCACCUCAGAAUAUGCCGACAAAGACGAUGCCAACGCCACGGGACUCAUAACUUUUGACAGGUAUUCCCUGAGCAUUGCGGUGAAGGCAGACGUCCCCAUCCCGGACGCAAAUUCGGGAGACCCGGACAAUAGCACCAUGACCUCUGUCAUAUCUCUCGAAAUUGAUUCGCCCGUUAGCAACCAGACGGCAUGUGUUUCCAUCUUCCAUGGCCUGUCGGCCAACAUAAGCGCCGCAUCGAUAGACCUUGACUCGCAGGACGGUUAUGGCUGUGGCCGUAUGUUGUCGGACGAGUGCGUCUCGGCGUUGUUAUUAGCAGUCAACAACGGCAUCCAGAGAGACUGUUCCAGCUACUUGCCCGAAAUCCCGCAGAGUUGUAUGGAGCAGUUCGGCGAUCUGAGCGGAACGGGCUUUUCUAUCCAAUACCAGUCUGAGCAGAUCCUCUACCAGCACGGCACAGAGCCUGCAGCUCCGGGAAAUGACACACUGUGGACGGCUGCCGCGACCAAGAUCUGGCCCGUCUUCCUCACGGCCAUUGUAGAGAACGGAUCGUCGUGGACGCCCGAGACCUACUUGAGCUGCCUUCGGCCGGAUACCUUCAAGGAGGGGACGGUGAGGCCGUCUGCAGAGCCGAACGGAACUGAGUCUGGUCAUGGCGACUCGACGGGAACAGGGACGACGGAUGAUCCUGCACCUUCUCCCACUAAUACUGCAUCGCAAGCUGGCCUGACUGUUGCUGUCGCUAUAGUUGGACUUGCUUUCAAUGCGGCCAUGUUGUUUAUGUGA